UACAUCGAAUAUUUCUUUUUUUUUUUUGUUCACCUUGCAUCACAGGCAGCACUCUGUCAUGAUUUGUAAACCGACUUUCACCGCUGCUGUUUCAGUCUGAGCGCAGGGAAAGUUCUGAUCUCUCGUCUGUAGCCGUUCAGCUGUUAGCGCUGAUUUGAGCAGAUAAUAUGUCACGAUGACCUAUUGCCCAGACAGAGCAGCGCCACUGUGGUCCAGGCCCUUCCACACUCUUAAAGAAGGUCCGACAGUCAUGACAGUUGCAGACGUUGUCAUUGUUCAACAGCCUAAGUCUGUGUGUGUUCCACAAAACUACCCAGUGACACUAAGUGUUCAGGCAGUAGGCACGGGCCCUUUGAGAUACCAGUGGUUUGAUGGUCAACAAAUAGAGGUGCCGUGUGCCACAGAAAGCAGGCUCCAAGUUUCUCUUAAGAAGUCAGAGAGCUACAUUUGCAGAGUGAGUGACCAGUACUGCAACUGCAUCUUCAGCAUUUGGGUCAGAGUGAAGGUGUUAAACUUGCCAGUUGGUGUCCCACCUGGAUGGAGAGGAGAACCCUAUAUCAUAGCCCAGCCUACACCACAACAAAGUGUACGGCAUGGAGACACGAUUACGCUCAAGUGUUUAGCUUUCGGCAUGCCUUCUCCCCAGUAUCAGUGGUACCAUAACGGUCAUCUCUUACCCAAGAAAAACAAUGAAAUACUUGAGAUAAAAAGUGCAAAAGCUGAUCAUGUUGGCUCAUAUCUCUGCUCCGUUUCAAACGUGUUGGAGGAGAGAUGGUCAGAGGCGGCUGAUAUCGCGUUGGCAACCCCUGAUAAUCUUCCAGCACCCACACUCACAGCAACGGACAAAGUUGCGCUGCUGAUUGGGAACCUAAACUACACCCACCACCCCAGGCUGAUGGCCCCCAUCAUGGAUGUCCAUGAACUGGCUAGUCUGUUGCAGCAACUGGGCUUCCGUGUGGUGUCCCUGCUUGACCUCACGUUGCAGGAAAUGGAGGCAGCCAUUGACAAGUUCCUCCAGCUCUUGGACCGUGGCGUCUAUGCCAUGUUUUAUUAUGCUGGACACGGGUAUGAACACCUGGGCAGGAACUACCUCGUGGCCAUCGAUGCUCCACGGCCUUACCGCACUAUAAACUGCGUGUGUGUGCAGAGAGUCAUGUGCAACAUGCAGGAGAGACGAGCGCAACUCAAUGUCAUUUUGCUUGACACCUGCAGAAAAUGGUACAAACAGAGUGGCCCCACUUCUGAAAUAAACCCUCUGGCCCCUUUAGGGAACACAGUGUACGGAUAUGCCACGACUGAGGAUGCUGAGGCUUUUGAGGUCCAGGAUGGAGGGAAGAGCACUGGGAUCUUCACCAAAUACCUGAACAAGUAUAUCCUCCAACCACAGAAGGUCACCCAUAUCUUGGAGCAGGUCUCUGAGGAUCUGGGUAAAGACCAGCUGGUUAGUGGCAAGCAGGUGGUAGAGAUUAAACACACACUGAAGGAGCCACGAGCCCUCACUGAUCCAGUGGGGACAGCAGGGCACACCAUGGAGCUCCACUUGCGAGAUGCCUGCUGGAGACAGGCUAAUGUUCUGCCAGGCCGGAAGCUUUUGGACUUUCCAUGUGGGGUUCAAGUGGAGCUCAGCUUCUCAGCCCUGUUUUCCAACAUCUUGCUUGUGUUUGGAAUGGUCAGGAACUCUGGAACGAUGGUUCAGGACUGCACCGUGGACCUCCACAGUGAACCAGUUAUGGAGGACAUUUUCUCAGGGCCUGGCAGGUCAGAUGAAAUGCAUUCCUUGCUGCUGAGCAAAGCUGACAAUCCUGACUGCAGUCUGAGACUGUGCUGCCUUCAAAGGCUUGAGAGAUCACUGGUGAUCAAGGUAGAGUUGCACUACACCCACCGGGACAGGAAGCUGCGGCUGACUGAAUGCAGAGAGGUGGACAUUGGCCGGCCUCUGAUAGCCUCCUGUAGGUUCAGCAACAGAGGGCCAGCAGACAGGCGACAGGAAGCAAUGCAGCACACUGUGGGCCACAAGUCCAACACCAGACAGUCUUCGCAUCUUCCUGCUCACCAUGCACGACCUUCAACUCGCAAGGCAGAGAACAUCUACCAGAUCUCAGCCAGUGCAGCGUCCGCUAGCACCAAUGAACCAGAGGAGAACGACGAAAAUGACUUGCAUGAAUUCACUGUGUGAUAUUCCACCAUUUGUCCUACGCAGUGAGUAGAGCUCCAUCAUUGUGGAGUUGUUGGGGGAGGUACUGGAGCACCACAUCUCAAUACAUAAUACAUUCUAUUAUAAAGGUUAUUCUGUGUAAAGUUUCCAGUGUUCUUCAACCUAAAAACUGGUGUAUCUAUCAUAUUGUUGAGUUCAGCAUUCGGGGAUUUUGAUGCAUUUGGCUGUGUUUGGAAAAGAAAAGAAAACCUGUUUACUCAUGUCUCUUAUGAUAGAAGCUUUUGGGCUGUAGCUGAAUUCUGUGAGUAAAUGUUUGAAAUAAGUAACAAUAUAGCACAAAUUGAAACUACACACUACAUUACACUUCACUACACUGUUCAGCACAGAUCAUAAGACAGGUGUGAGAGAAUGUGUGACCAAAGUUGUUCUUAUGAAGUUUUCAUCCACUUUUUUCAAACACUGAAGCAACAGAGUACAAGUGCAGCUCUGGUCACUUACUACUUUCUACUUUUUCAUUUUCUGAUGUCAGUAGCGAUCAGGUAGGACCCUGUGAAACCUCCACCCAUGCCGCUAUGUGGGUAUUCCCUAUGGAAAUGAGUUGAUUAAUGUAAUUAAUUAAUGUAAUUAAUGUAAACGUUCUUUAAAAUGUGAUACUCAAAAUCUUUACUGAUGGAAUUGAUCAACUGCCUAAUAGCUUCUAUUAUAAGUCCAUUUGGAGUGAACAGUUUUUCCGUACUUUUCAGUCACAAAUGGCUGUCCGCAGUAAUCGCCAUAUGUUACAGAUAUUGCAGGAGAAUAGGUUGAUUUUUCAUUUCCAACACAUUCUUGGACAGAAUCCAUACAUUUCACUUCAAAUACUACUUUCAAAUAUGCAUUUAUUAAAGUGCAGAAUAUUAAAAUACAGUAACAAACAGAUGCAUUUCAGUAUUUUCUCUACUGCUUUGAUGGCAUUGAUAUGAUUGUUUUGAUUGUUUAAGCAUGAUUGGAUGUGUGAAUGUGUUCAGAAGGGGUUUGAAUGGUAUCUAGACUGUCCUGCUGGAAAGGAGUUCUCAGUAAAACAAAUGUAAAUGUACCAUUGUUACUUGUUCCUAAUCAUUUGUAAAAUCUAAUUGUCAUAUGACUGUAUCUGUUGUUGUUUUGACCUGAAUGCUUGAUUUGUACAAUAAAAUUGAUUUGUAGUAACCUUA